AGAUUGUCGACACAAGCUUCAUACAUAUGCCCAAAACCCUAGCAGCGGAACCUUCUUCAAACACCUUAAACCCAGCCCUCUUAGCUCUCAAGCCUCGCCAAGUGUUGAUCUGCAGACCAGUUAUGGGGAAAGAGAGCAAAACCUUGAAAUCGGAGCAGAAGGUUCUUCUUCUUCGCUCAAUAGCUCAGUACUUGGAGCGAUGUGGCUUUUCUAAAUGCUUCAAGAAAUUGCUCUCCGAAGCCGAAAUCGAGAAGAAGGAACUGAACAGUACUUUACCAGACAUAGAGGAAAUUUAUUGCGAUUUUUUGAAGAAGAGCCAUCUCGAAGCUGUGGAGCUGAAAGAUGAAUCCGGUGAUGAUGAGAUCGCAAAUGGGAAGAAGAAAGCAGGAAGUGUAGAUCACGAAACUGAUAAGAAGGACAAGAAGAAAGAAGUUGCGGUGAAUGGAAUUCCCAAGGCGGAUGCAAUGGAAGGCGUAGAGAAAGUAAAGAAGGAUAAAAAGAAGAAAAGGAAGGAAACAAAGUUGGAGGUCUCCGAGGAGGAGAAGGUCAAAGAGACUGAUGCUGGGAUCAAAGACGGACUGAAAGAGAAAAAGAAGAAGAAGAACAAGUCGAAAUCUAGUGAGGCUGAGUCUUUGGGUGAUGAUGAUAAGGAGAAAGCCUCCAAGAAAAGGAAAAGAUCAGAGCCCGAAGAGACAAAAGAGCAGGCUGAGGAUGAUGAAGAAUCAAAACGUAUGAAGAAGGAAGAGAAUGCAGUAGAAGCCGACGAGGGUGUUCAAGAAACACCUGUUAAGCAAACUGACGUUCAGGAAAACGGUAAUGUUGAGAAAAGCGAAACAAAAUCAACAAAUAAGAAGUCAGGAAAAGGACUUUCUAACUCAAAAGAGCCCAAAAAACCGUUUCAGAGAGUGAACGUUGAAGAAGUUGUGUUCACUGACGAAAGGCUUAAAGACAACUCUUAUUGGGCAAAGGACGGUGCUGAUUCGGGAUAUGGUGCUAGAGCUCAAGAGGUUCUAGGGCAAGUCAGAGGAAGGGGUUUCCGACAUGAGAAGACGAAGAAGAAACGAGGAAGCUACAGAGGAGGAGAGAUCGAUCUUCAGUCACAUUCGGUUAAGUUUGAUUAUUCAGACGAAGAAUGAUGAUACUCUUGAUUGAUAAACACUACACUACCUUUCCCCUUUUGACCUAUCUUCUUCAAUUAUCAUCUUUUUCUUUUGCUUUGCUUUGCUUUGCUUAUUUCAAUAUGUAAAACCAUCGAAUCUAAAUACCCGAAGAAGGGUUCAAGUUUUGUCUUUGUUAAUGGUUUCAUUUGAAACUUAGUGAGAACAUGAUUCAGAUUCAGUUUCA